CGCCGCCGCACUAGUAGCCAGUCAGCCAGCCAGCCAGCCAGUCAGCCAGUCGCUAGUGGUGCCCGCUGGCAUGCCGGCGGCUGUUGGGGUCGCAAGAAGUUUCAGCCGACGUGGGCCCGUCGACUCUUCUUUUGCGUUUCCUCCCUCAAGUCGUCGGCGAACUUUUUGGAGCUAGCAGCUAGCCCAACUUUGCUGUUCUCGAGGGGAGGAAAAAAGUUCCACGGAGGCGCAGUUCACGUUUCUGGCCCCCAUUUUUCCUUUUAUUGCUGUCGUUUUUCUGUUUUUUUUUUUUUUUGGGUCGGAAUUGAAAGUGGAAGCGAGAGGGCGACGAAGAUGAAGAAACAGUUUAACCGAAUGAGGCAACUCGCCAACCAAACGGUCGGGAGGGCCGAGAAGACCGAAGUGCUGAGCGAGGACCUCCUCCAGAUCGAGAGGCGCAUGGAGUUGGUCCGCCUCAUGUCGCACAACACGCACAAGAAGUUGGUGUUCUGUCUGCAGGGUCAGCCGGGCACCGACGCGGAGAAGAGACACAAGAAGCUGCCCUUGACGGCGCUGUCGCAGGCCAUGCAGGAGGGCGGCGCUCAGCUAGGGGACGAAAGUCUGAUCGGCAAGAUGAUGGACGUGUGCGGCGAGGCCGAGAGCAGGUUGGCGAGCGAACUGAUGCAGCACGAAGUCCAGAUCCAGCGAGACAUCCUGGAUCCUCUCAACACGCUGGCCGAGGUGGACAUACCCAACAUUCUAAAACAGAGGAAGCAACUGGCCAAACUGGUCCUGGACUUUGACUCAGCCAAGACAAGGUACCAAGCAACCAAGUCCAGCAACCAGGCCACGGCGGCCAAGGUGGACUCCCUCAAGGACGAGAUGGACGAGGCGCUCAACAAAGUGGAAAUAUGUAAAGACCAGUUAUCGGCGGACAUGUACAACUUUGCAUCCAAAGAAGGGGACUACGCGCGCUAUUAUCUCAUGUUACUCGAGGCCCAGGCAGACUACCACCGAAGGUCUCUGGCAGCUCUGGAGGAAGCCAUACCCAAUAUUCAAUUCCAGCAAGACUCGUGGACGGAGAAGCCGGCGUUUGGAACGGCCCUGGAGGAGCACCUGAAGCGGAGUAACCGUGACAUCGCGCUGCCCAUCGAGGCCUGCGUCAUGAUGCUGCUGGAGACGGGCAUGAAGGAGGAGGGUUUGUUUCGAAUAGCAGCGGGAGCUUCGAAACUCAAAAAGCUGAAAGCCGCGUUGGACUGUUCGACUUCCCAACUGGAAGAGUUCUACUCCGACCCCCACGCCGUCGCCGGAGCCCUGAAGUCGUACCUCAGGGAACUUCCCGAACCUCUCAUGACCUUUGGCCUGUACGACGAGUGGACGCAGGCAUCCAAUGUGUCCGACCCUGACGCGAGACUUCAGGCUUUGUGGGUGACGUGUGACCGAAUGCCAAAGACUCACAAGGCCAACUUUCGGUACCUGGUGAAGUUUCUGGCCAGACUGGCUCAAGAGCGCGACGUCAACAAAAUGUCCCCCAGCAACAUCGCCAUCGUCCUGGGGCCCAACCUGCUGUGGGCCAAGGCAGAGGGGACGCUGGCGGAAAUGGCCGCGGCGACGUCGGUCCACGUGGUCGCCAUCAUUGAGCCCAUCAUCCAGCACGCCGACUGGUUCUUUCCGGAAGAGGUGGACUUCAACGUGUCGGGCAUGUUCGCCAUGCCCGCCCACCCGGCGGCGUCGGACCCGGAGGCCGAGAGGAAGCGGCCCGGCGGCCUGGUGGGGCAAGACGGGGACGCUCACCCUCCCCGCAAAGACAGCACCCUUAACCAAUAUCCGGAGCCCAGCCCGCGUAGAGCCGGCACCGUGAUUAGAAAGCAGCCGCAGCUAACCUCGCCCGCCUUCCAACCUCUACCGCCCCAGCAGGAAGGCGGGGGGUCCGCCGCCGGCUCCGACGCCCGGCCCCCGGGCGCCGCCCCGGAGGCCGAGGGGCCGGGCCCGGCGGUCGCCCCGCGCCUCGGGACGUCGGCCGGCUCGGCGUGGAGGAGAGCAGCCCGGCCCACGACAUCACGUCCACCCCGCCUCCCCAGAGGAACGGCUCGGUCCACCUCUCGGCCGGGACGCCGCAAUCCCAGGCCGGCUCCGGCGGGCCCAGUCCUCACAUGGUCCGAAGAGGCACCAAGAAACAGGCGCCGGCACCACCCAAACAAGUCAGCCCCUUCGCCUCGCAGCCUGCCAACCAAAGUUCAGCGUCCGCCGCGCAUCACCCGCCCGUCGCCCCGAGGCGCCACCCGGGCAAAGAAAGCCCCACCCACGCCCCGCCGAGCCAGCCGCCGCCGCCGUCGCCGCCCGGGACGCCGACCCCGCCCGACUCCCCGCCUCACGACGGCCCCCUCUCCCCGACGCCCGCCUACCAGUACGGCUCGCUCCCCCGCCCCUCCCGGCCGGCGCCCAAGCCCAGACCCCGGCCCAACGUGCCGCCGCCCCCGCAACCCGCCGCCAGCGACGACUGCAACGGCCUCGUCGGCUCCGCUUCCAAGAUCGUCACAGAUGUCUGAGGUGGCGGCCUGCCCGUAAGACGGGCCUUUUGCCAGGCAGGCGAUGACGGCGGCCCGGACCUGACCCGGCUCAAACGAGCGUGGGUCCCGCAGGUGGCGGGGGGCCAGCGGGCCGACCCGCACGCGGAGACCACCUCGCUGUGAGCGGGACGUCAUCUCGGCUCGACGUCGGCGCUCCUCGACUCCUUUGUGACGCUUUCACGACAAUCUGCUGCAAGUCUGCCGCCGGGCUUGAUCAAUUGUAUGUUAUUUUUAUUUAAUUUUUUUUUCCUAUAAAUCAAUUGAACGCACGGCCAAAUGAAUUCAAGCGCAAGUGAAAUUGAGGACCAAAGAAACGCGGUUGUUGUUGUUGAGCAAAAGUGCAAUAAAUAUUCAGCACGUAGUCUUCUUCCAACGGCACCUUUGGUCAGCGUACUUUUCACGUAGUCGACGUCGUCCAACAGAGACUUGGUAUACUUUAAAUUGCUUUGAGGAUGUGUAUAUUUUUAUUUAAUGAAUAUAUAUAUAUAUAUAUAUUUCCAAUGCUGGCAUGUGACCAAAUCCACUUCAAAUUUGAAAUAUCGACCAAAUUCUUAAUUUUCUCAGACUUUUCAGCUCGUUGGUUGCCGAUGUC